AGUUGAGGCAGGACAGGGAGAGGCAGAACCACGCUUUGGGAGAGUCCCCGUCGAUGGCGCAGAUUCAGAACAAGCAGAACAGAGAUCAGCAGUAUCUGGCGGUGCGCGUGGGUAGAGGGCAGCAGCCUAUAGCCGUUGAGGAUGCUUACAAAGCCGAAUCCGCCGAUUACAUCGAAGACAUCUGUCCGUACGCCACCUUCCAGCUGUCGAAGCCGGCGUACAGCGAGAGCUCGUACAGCGGGAACGUCUACAGUGGGCCGUACCACUCGGUACGCGGGUCUUUUGUUUAUCAUGAUGUUAAACCUCCACCUAUUGAUAAGUUUAAGUUAGGACACAGCAAGGAACCAGAAUACACGAAGGUACGACGAAAAGGCGGCAGACUGAGGGAUCCGCACUCAGAGAGUCAAGAAUCUGAUAAUCUGGGCAGCACUGACUCAGAGGUGAAGAAGAUAUUAACGCUACAUCUGCCUAUUUCAGAGUACGAUACCCUCGGGAGCGAUUCCGAAGGGGACGGUCGGGCAACAAGCCAAGAGCUAGUGUCCUUUACACACAGGAUGCGCGGUGGCGCCGAAGGCGGAUCGUCCUCUUCGUCGGAGACGUCACCUCCAACCGGCAGCGUCAAUAGGAAAGCGUAUCCGACGAGGAAGGGCAAAAGCAAAGGGAUGCCCAGUCUGGGGAAGAGGCACGUCCGCAGCAGCAGCGGAUAUUCGAGCCACAACGACGAGACGACUUUCAGCAUCUCGCACAGCUUCAACGAUCGCAUCCAUCCGCCGUCCAGGUUCUCCGACAUGAGCGAAAACGAGGGCGAGAAGAAACCGCCGCACGGUCGAGGAAUGUCCAGAUUGACGAGGGAGGCCUUCCAAAUAAACGUAUGAUGAUCGCACCUCGAAUCGCCAUCGCCGAUAGAUGGAGGAGAGAUCGAACGACGCCCCACGUCGGCCGCCAAAAUCACAAAAUCGGCGUAAGGUUUAAAUGAAAGAGGGUGCCUUUUUUUUGUCAUUCCUACGAGAAAGAUUUUUUCAGUUUCAUUCGAACGUAGCCAAAACAAAAACAGAUAAUUAAUUUUCAUCAUAAACCACAAUUCCUCAACCAACACCCCUCCGUAAUAAUUCUUCCCAAAUAUUAUAUAUAUAUAUAUAUACAUACACGUGGUGGACUGUGCCAAAUAAUAAUAAUAAUAAUUACAAAACUGAAAUAAUUGCUUGGAUGUGACAAAUAUAUUGCAUAUAUAAAAGAGAGCGUGUCUUCAGCGCCAUCUUCAAAUCGAGCGAUCAACUUCUUCCUGAUUCUCUCCCUAAUCGCAUACCGUCAAGUUAUUAGAUUUUUUUUUCCAAAUUGGAUCCAAUCAGAUUUGAGAAACGGUACCACACAUCGCUCGAACUGAAGUUAUGAGUUAUGCAGCACACGGUGCGCGAGUGUAUAUCAUGUAUGUUAUAGAUUUUAUAGAUUGUUACGAUAAUGUUAUUAUUAUUAUAUAUUAUGAUUAUUAUUAAUAUUUAAUAUUGAUGAAAGAGAGAGAGAGAAAAAGAAAAAUGCGGAUGGAUGCAAAGGAAAACACUUCUUUCCUAAUUAAAAAAAAAAUAACUCUAGUUAAGAAACUAAUCUCUAUGUGCCAUUGGAUUACUUUCACCACAAACAAACAAAUAAUUGCAUACAAAAGCGUAUGUAACGAGGAUAUUUAAAAGAAAUAAUCAUCGGUGGCUGCAAUUGCGGUUGCCUAACGAAGAAGAAAGGGUAUACAUAUUAAUAAAUGGAUGAUGACAUACAAAUUGACGUUUACUAUAACAUUUAUUUAUUUAUUUAUUUAUUUUGUAUAAUUCACUGACGACUAAUUAAUUGUAAUAUUUACUUUGAAUGCAAGGAAUGUAAUCGACGAAACUAACUGAAUAAAUAAUAUGAUAUUAUUACGA